AUGCCCCUCUCGAACGAGACAGACUCCGCCGCAGGAGGAGUUCCUCUCUCAGUGGACUUCGACAGUCCCGAGGACUACCUGGUCUUCAUUUUCCAGCUCGUGUACGCCACGAGCACGGUCCUUCUGGCCGGAACAGUGGUGAUCAGCAUCGCGGCCACCAGGGCGCUGCGCCUCCAGAACAGAUUCAUCUUCAUGCUCAACACCAGCGUGUGCGACACGCUGGUCGGCCUCUCCGUGUAUUACCUCGGUCUGUUCGACGUGAACGAGGGGUACCCGCCCAGAAACGGGACUCAGAACGUGCUGCCUUCGCUUUUAGGUGUCAACAUCCUGACUUUCCUGUUCGCGCAGUUCGACAGGUACUUCGCCGUGUGCCACCCCUUCAUCUACAGCCGCUUCAUCACCAGGCCCUUCGUGAUUUGCGUCAACAUCUACUGCUGGGUCUACAACUUUGCGCACCUGCUCGCCAGAAACGUGCUGCCGAUUUCCAAAGCCAUGCAGCUCUACGUGAUCAGCAUCAUCCUCUUUCAGCUGGUCGUGCUCACCAAGGUGGUCAUGACCAUCAAACUGUACGUGAUCGCCAGGUUCCAGCUGGAGAGGGAUCCUCCCAGCGCCGACAAGGAGAGCAAGAAGGAGUCGUUGAAAAUCAUCAUCUUCGUGGUCAUCAGCUUCUUGGUCCUGUGGUGUCCCUCUUUUAUAAAUAUCAUCUUGCGGUUCGUGGGGGGAAGAGGGCUGGUGUUUAGAAACGAGGCCACCAACGUGUUCGCCAUCAUGGCUCGCCUGAACGCCCUGUGCACGCCGUCCGUGUACGUGUGGGGCAGCCCGGCGCUGCGGGAGGCCAUGCUGAAGAGGGUGUGGGGCAGAGCGUGUCCCAGGUGCAGGAGCAGGUAG